AUGGUUGUCACUGCGCAGACCGGAGAUGCAACUAAGCGGCAGACGAAGAGACGAAAAUCGUCCUCUGGAGGCAGGAAGAAGCUCACUGACUUCAACAAAUUCAUGCAAACGGAGGUUGCUCGCCUGAAGGAGCAGGAUCCCGACAUGCCUCAUAGGGAGAGAUUUAAACUUGUCAUCGACAAUUGGAACAAGCAGAAGGAGCCGAAAGAGAAGUAA